AUGUGGGCGGCCGCCGGCGGGCGGUGGGGGCUCCGCUGCGGGCUUCGGGCGCUGCUCGGCCGCUGCGAUGCGUCGCCGUCGCCCGGCUCGGCGCGAGGCGUGUGCGUCACCGCUGUCUCUUGCGGGAGCAAAAACUUGCUCAAAAAAUUUGCCUCGAAAGCCAAGAAGAAGUUUUGGUACGAAGGCCCCUCCUUGGGACACUUGACCUCCAGGUCACCCAGGCUGGAGGCCCUGAUGACGAGCACCGCCAGGAAGACCCGGAAGGAAGACCACGUGCGCCUGAGGGCCCUGAACGGCCUCCUCCACAAAGCAGUAGCCGAGCUGCUGAGCACCCCCGAAGUGAGCCAGGAGAUCUGCGACCUGUGCGUGGAGGUCUCCAAGGUCUCUGUUUCCCCAGACUUCUCAGCCUGCCGUGUGUACUGGAAGACCACACUCUCUGCUGUCCAGAACCAGCGCACAGAGGCCGCCCUGCAGAGGAGCGCCGCACACAUGAGGCAUCUUCUGAUGGCCCAGCAGACACUGCGCAACGUGCCUCCAAUCGUGUUUGUUCAAGACAAAGAAAGCGCAGCCAUGGCCCAGAUUGAUCAGUUGCUGGCAGCCGCUGACUUUGGACCCCCAGCUGGAAGAGACGACUCAGGGCAGGACCCUCUCAGGAACCCCGACUCCCCACCCCUCUGCGACACCCCAGCACCUGCCGUGCAUCCGAGUCUCUGUGGCAUCGAUCAUGAGGCGCUCAACAAGCAAAUAACUGAGUACAAACGGAGGAAGGAGAAAGGGCGGGGCUCGAGCCAGUAGCUGAGCUGACAGCAGGCGAGCAGGGAAAGAGGCCUAAGCCCCACGCCAGCCACCCCUCCCCGGAGUCACCUGUUGACCCAGCAGAGUGAAGAUGACCUGGGUUCAAAGGUCAACCCAGGAGGUGAGGAGAGGCCCCGGCUGGGCGAAGCCUCAGCUCCCAGUGUCUGCAGAACUGGACCCUGCUGCCCGCUUCCUGGGCAGGGGCGCGAGGCUGCUGCUUUUCUGCCACCUGAGUGGGACUCCUGCAGAAGUCGCUGUUGCUUUAAGGAAGUAAAUGGCCAUGGUGUCGUGCAAAAUCAAAAUAGCAUUGAAGUCUAGCACAGCAGCUCCACCUGUAGGCGUGGCUGAGUCAGCUCCCAGCGGUUCCUGGUGACCCCGUGACCCCCACCUUGGCUCUUGGAGGAGCAGCAGACUGUCUGGGCCCGUGCCGGCUGGCGUUCGGGCCUGGUCUUUGUGAGGGGCCGGUGACUGAGACAGAGACGUCCAGAGCCUCCGGGGCGGCAGCCUCUGGGCACCAGGAGGAAGCACACUUGCUGUGCCUGGGAAGGUGGUUCUGGCUCCGCCCCCUGCCCUACUCCCAGCCUCUCUAGGUUCCCAGCUGGGUGGCGUGGGUGUGACCUCUGUGGGUGCAGAGGCAUCAGCGCUCGCAGUGUCCCUGUGAGGAUAAAGGCAGCGGGGGAGCCUGUGGGAGGCCUGCGCUGAGCAGGUGCUCACAGGGGCUGUCGGUGUAGCAGGGGAGGAGGCCAGGGCUUCAGAUCCGGGAGGACAGCGAGGCCACCACAGCGAUGACCAGCAGGACUGGGUGCUUUUCCCUUGCUGGUCCCCAAACCUGUUUCAGCAGCCCCGUGCGUGGCUGGGUGGACGGCAGGCGGGGGACCCUCUCCUCAGACUGCAUCCGUGGACUCGUGUAACGUGAGCAGUGCACAGCACACGUGUUUCCGGCUGAGGUUGGACUGGGCUCGUGCCAUAAGCAAGUGGCCUUUCCACAAUGUGAGUGCUGUGGUUUUCACACUUUGGUGCCUUGUGUUGGUGACCUUGCUGCUUAUAAAAGAAAAAAAACA